AUGUGCAUGACCAUGACAUUAGAUCUGGACUACGUUUUGAGGCCUGCUGCAACGUCACAAUCGCGCACCCAGCCACCCGCCCUAGAAUACCCAGCAGCAGCCAUGGCGACAGCAGCGGCUCGUCCGCUCGUGACAGUUCAGCCGUACGACGAGGCCGGCGCGCCGCAGCAGGCGGCGCUUCCCGCGGUGUUCCUCGCGCCGAUCCGCAGCGAUGUCGUUAAGUUCGUGCACGCGAUGGUUUCGAUGAACAAGCGCCAGCCGUACGCCGUCAGCACCAAGGCGGGCCACCAGACGUCCGCCGAGUCCUGGGGUACCGGUCGCGCCGUGUCGCGUAUUCCGCGUGUUCCCGGCGGCGGUACGCACCGCGCGGGACAAGGAGCCUUCGGUAACAUGUGCCGCGGCGGUCACCUGUUCGCGCCGCUCCGCAUCUGGCGCCGCUGGCACCGCAAGGUCCCUAUCAAGAUGCGCCGCCAUGCGGUCGCCUCCGCCAUUGCCGCCUCGGCAGUGCCCGCGCUCGUGCAGGCGCACGGCCACGCCGUCAGCAAGGCGCCGGAGCUGCCGCUGGUAGUGGACAACGAGAUCGAGUCGGUCGACAAGACUUCCUCCGCGCUCAAGGCGCUGAAGCGCAUCGGCGCGUACGAUGACGUGGCGAAGGUGAUCGCGACCAAGAAGAUCCGGCCCGGCAAGGGCAAGAUGCGCAACCGGCGGUAUCUGAGCAAGAAGGGCCCGCUCAUCGUGUACGGCACCGACGGCGCCAAGCUCACCAAGGCCUUCCGCAACAUCCCUGGCGUGCAGGUGGUCGCAGUCGAGAAGCUCAGCGUGCUCGAUCUGGCCCCCGGCGGCCGCGUUGGUCGCUUCGUCAUCUGGACGCAGAGCGCGUUCGACAAGCUGGAGGGGCUGUUCGGGUCGUUCUCGCAGGCGCCCACCAUGAAGCGCGACUUCCUGCUGCCGCGCGCCGCUAUUGUCAACUCGGACAUCACGCGCAUCAUCAACAGCGAUGAAGUGCAGAGUGUGUGCCGGCCGAAGAGGGCGGCCCCCAAGCCGCUGCACCGUCUGAAGCGCAACCCGCUGAAGAACCGCACCGCCAUGGCCGUGCUCAACCCCUUCGCUGCGGACAAGCGCAAGCAGCUCGCCGAGUCUGCUGGCCAGCCCAAGGCCAGGAAGGCCCGCGAGACGGAGGAGUCCAAGAAGGCGGGAGAGGCGUGGUACCAGACCAUGAUUUCAGACUCGGAUUACCUCGAAUUCGAAAACUUCACCAAGUGGCUCGGCGUGUCCGAGCGGACCCACCUUCCUGUUACCUUCUCUCGAGCCACUCCGCCUGCUGCUGCUUCUACCUCUGCCGCCGCCGCGCUGGUCAACGGAUCUGUGACUAUGGAGGGCGUGACUAUGCGCGUGCCGCCUCCCCCGCAUCCCACGUGUGACGUCAUGAUGGCCGUGAAAGCCGCUCUGGACGAAGACGCGGGCGAUCUCGGGGACGUCACGAGUCUGGCGACCAUCCCAGCAGGCACACAGGCGAGCGCGCAGUCCCUGGCCAAGGAGGGGGGCGUGCUGGCUGGCACUGCGCUGGCCACAGCUGUGUUCCGACUGCUGGAUCCCAGCAUUCAGGUGGAGUGGAGCAAGGAAGAUGGGGACACGGUGCAGAAGGGCGAGGUGUUUGCCACCGUGCAAGGGUCGGCACAUGCCAUCCUGCAGGGCGAGCGAGUGGCGCUCAACUUCAUGCAGCGCAUGAGCGGCAUUGCCACGUCCACUAGGGCCAUGGUGGAGGCAGCCCGCCCUGCCACAGUGCUAAUCUGGGGAGGGCAGAACCACCGAGUGCGGCUGCAUGACAUGCUGCUGGCUUCUCAGCCAGCUAUGGGAUCAUCCCUCUCGUUUGCCCUUUCUCACUCUGUUCUGCCCCACCACCAGGUGCUGAUAGGAGGCGGUCAGAACCACCGGGUGGGGCUGUACGACAUGCUGCUGGUGAAGGAUAACCACAUCGCUGCUGCUGGCGGUGUGCCCGCCGCUAUCAGCUCUGCCAGAGAGUACAUCCGAUCCAACGGCCUGGAUCUCCCGGUGGAGGUGAGUGCAGGGGGGAACGAGAGCAGGUGGCGGCUUGAGGGGGGGGAGAGCAUAGAUGGUGGUGCGUCUGCCAGUGUGCCCGCUGCCAUCAACGCUGCCAGAGAGUACAUUCGAUCCAACGGCCUGGAUCUCCCCGUGGAGGUGGAAGCACGCACUCUGGAUGAGCUGCAGGAGGUGCUGCGGUGCCGUGGGAAGGGAGUGGGGCGGGUGGAGGCCCGCACUCUGGAUGAGCUUCAGGAGGUGGAGGCCCGCACCCUGGAUGAGCUCCAGGAGGUGCUGAGGUGCCGUGGGGAGGGAGUGGGGCGGGUGACGCGGGUGAUGCUGGACAAUAUGGUGGUGCUGCGGCGAGGGGGAGGGGACGGCGGAGAGGCAGUGCAUGUGGAUGUAACCAUGCUGCAGCAGGCAGUGGAUCUGGUGAAAGGACAGCUGGAAACGGAGGCGACGGGCAACGUGACUUUAGAGACUGUCGGUGCUAUUGCUGCAACCGGUGUUGAUUUCAUCUCAAGAUUCUCCCCUCCCCCCACCUCUCCUGCUGGUGGUGCUUGCAUUGCAGCCACAUCAAUUCAAACUGGCCAAGCCGUUUCUUCGUCUCAACAUGGUUCGGUAGUCCCUCCUGGUCUUGAUUCCAAUGACGACCCGGGCCCGAAGGAAGCUUUAGCACGAUGCCUUUCCAAACCGAUUCAACAUGAAAGCUUAGAUCAUGAGGUCCUUGAGUCUGCGAUUCACGACGAGGACUGGCGCUCAAGAACGCGAGUAGAGCACCUCCAGUACACAUUGCUCAAAUGGCUCUUCGUCCUGCUCGUUGGCGCUGCAACGGGAGCUGUCGCUUUUUUCAUAAACAUGGGUGUCGAGAACAUCGCAGGCUUCAAGUACCAGAUGGUCCGUAAAUACAUGAAGACCGAAAGUUUGUUUGCAGGCUUUCUAAUCCUAGUGUGCUCCGACGUCUCUCUCGUCCUCUUCUCCUCGGUCCUCUGUAAUGUAAUUUCGAUGGAAGCUGCCGGUUCUGGUAUCCCGGACGUCAAAGCGUAUCUCAACGGAGUAGACGCACCAAGAAUAUUUGCAGCCAAGACACUGUUUGUCAAGAUCUUCGGAAGUAUAGGCUCUAUCGCUGGUGGUCUUGCAGUGGGAAAGGAAGGUCCGCUUGUUCACACAGGGGCGUGUAUUGCAAACGUUCUUGGUCAAGGUGGCUCCCGGAAGUACCAUCUCACGUGGAAAUGGUUGCGGUACUUCAAGAAUGACAGGGACCGGAGGGAUCUGGUGACAUGUGGUGCUGCAGCAGGUGUUGCUGGUGCCUUUAGAGCUCCUGUGGGUGGUGUGCUCUUUGCCCUGGAAGAAGCAACCUCUUGGUGGCGAAGUGCCCUUCUCUGGCGAGUCUUUUUCACAAAUGCCGUUGUGGCCAUGGUCGUCCGUGCUCUCAUGACCUAUUGUGCCAAUGGACACUGUGGGCUUUACAAUGGCGGAGGGUUUAUCAUAUUUGAUCAUACAGAGGCGAAAACGGAGUUUGGUUUGGUGGAAAUGUUUCCAGUCAUUGGGUUGGGAAUCAUUGGAGGAAUUGCGGGGAGCAUUUUUAACCAGCUUAACCUCUCGCUAUGCAAGUUGAGACAGCAAGGAAGCAGGCGUGGAGUAUGGAAAAUUGUGGAGGCAUGUGCAGUGGCAGCAUUGACAUCCGCAGUUAGAUUCUCCGUGCCGUUCCUGGUCAAGUGUCAGCAAUGCCCGGAUGGGAUUGAAUGCCCCAGCAAGACAGAGAUGGGGUAUUACAAGAGCUUCACUUGCCCGCCGGGCCACUGCAACGACAUGGCUGGCCUGCUGUUUACACCCAACGAUGAUUCCAUUCGAAGCCUUCUCAGCAGCGGAACCCAUCAUGCAUUUUCGUUCACCUCACUUGGCAUUUAUUUCUUCUGCUUCUACUUCUUGUCCAUCCUCACAUAUGGCAUCACUGUGCCAUCGGGCCUUUUUGUGCCUGCAAUUGUCUGUGGCGCAACUUACGGCCGCGUGGUUGGAAGAAUCAUGUCCAACUAUGCACCAGCAGACAACCUGGAUGAGGGGACGUAUGCACUCAUUGGCACAGCGUCUUUCCUGGGAGGGUCCAUGAGGACAACUGUCUCUCUAUGUGUGAUUCUCCUGGAGCUGACUGGAAGCCUAAAGCUUCUCCCACUCAUCAUGAUUGUGCUGCUGGUCUCAAAGACGGUCGGCGACAUGUUCAACAGCGGGAUCUAUGAUGCGCACAACCAGCUGAAGGGGGUCCCGUACCUGGAGGCUCAUCCAGAGGAGGCCAUGCGUCAUUAUACUGCCAAGGACAUUCUAGUGUCGGAGCCGGUGAAUCCUCCUCCACGCCCCAUGCUCACGCAACCAGCUCGGUGCACCCCCCUCCCCUCGCUCCUCCUCCUCCUCCGCCGCUUGCUGCUCUCCCUCACCCCCCUCACACCAGCCCCUCUCCGUCAUCCCGAGCAGCUUUUCCUGCCAUGCCUCCCUCCUUUCCUCACCUGUUGCAGCCGUCACCGACCCAUCCUCCAUUCCGCCAGUCCCCACACGCCCCCCAUUACUCUACCAUGUUUCCUUUCACUGCCUGCUUCCUACCCUGCUGCUCUGCUCCAGAUGCCUGCUCCUACCCUCAGCACCAGAACCCCUCCCAUCAGUCCUCACUCCAUCCCUAUCCCACACCUCCGCAACAUGCUCACCUAG